AUGGAAAAUCCAAAUUGGAACAACGGGGAGGUACCACCUCCACCUCCACCUCCCCUUAAUCAAGAUCAAAUCAUCCUCCAAUUACAACAACAAAUGGAGGAGAUGAGAAGGGAAAGAGAGGAGGAAAGGAGAAGAGAGGCACCGGUUAGAAAUGCAUUUGGGAACGUCAAUAUCCCAAUGCCACCCAUUGAUCCAAGAGUGAAUGCCAACAAUUUUGAGUUGAAGACGGCAUUGAUCCAAUUUGUGGAGCAACGUGUUUUCUCGGGAAGGCCCACGGAGGAUCCUAAUAUGCACUUAGCCAAAUUCUUGGAGAUUGCCAACACAACCAAGCUUAAUGGGGUUCCCGAAGAUACAAUCAAGCUUAGGCUAUUCCCAUUCUCAUUGACGGGAUGUGCUAGAGAUUGGUUUGAUAACCUUGAGCCGGGCUCGGUUAUAAGUUGGGACGACUUAGCCAAAAAAUUCUUGGAGAGGUUCUUCCCUCUUAGCUCUACUCUCAACCUACAAGCGGAGAUCUCCCACUUUAAAAUGAAGAACCAAGAGUCUAUGUUCGAAGCAUGGGAGAGAUUCAAUGCUUUGUUGAAGAAGUGUCCUAACCAUGGGUUAUCUCCGGGCCAUCAAGUGAGCCUUUUCUAUAAUGGAUGCUCGGAGUUUAUCAAAAGUCAACUAGACUUUGGUUCGGGGGGAUCAUUCUUAGACAAAGGGGUUGAUGAGUGCAAGAAGAUGCUUCAAAGGCUUGCAUACACUAGCAAGAGUUGGAGCUCGGGUCGAGAUGGCUCUAUGCCGGUAGCUUCGGUUGUUGAUUCGGAUGCAUUCAAUCUCCUCAACCAACAAAUGAUGAUUCUCAAUCAAAAGGUGGAUAGCAUAAAUUUGGGGAUGGCUCCCAAUGUAGAGCCUCAACCUACCGUAGAGGAUGUUAAUUAUGUUCAUCAAGGGGGAAACCAAGGAGGAAAUCAACGGAACUUCUACAAUUAUCGCCCCAACAAUGGGGGUGGUAAUUAUCGUCCGUUCUUCAAUACACAUCCAAAUCUUUCGUAUGGGAAUCCUAAUAAUGCUAUUCAACCAAGUGGGGUUAACAAUUCACCUAGCAUUUCAAAGUCUUCAAGUGAUGUUACCAAUGAGCUUCUAAAAGCUUUGAUGGAGAAGACCGAUGGGAUUAUGGAACACUCUACCAAGAGAAUUGAUAAAGUUGAGACGGCGGUGGUAGAAGUUGCUACAAGAAUGGGGGCUUUGGAGCACCAAAUGAGUCAAAUUGCUCAAACCGUGGGUCAACUUCAUCAACCGGGGCAAUUUCCAAGCAACACUAUUCCUAACCCAAAAGAUUGCAAGGCAAUUAAUUUGAGGAGUGGAACAAGCUAUGAGGGUCCCACUAUGCCCGGAAAGGAAGCUAUUGUUCAACCCGAAAAAGAAGAAGGAGAGGAAAUAGAGAUGGAAACACCACCGGAGAGCUCGCCUAAAGUUCAACCCGAGAUAAUUGUUCCUCCCAAACCCAUGGAAGUUAAGCUUCCCUUCCCUCAAAUGAUACAAAAGAAGAAGAAGGAUGAACAAUUUUCAAGAUUUUUGGAUAUCUUUAGGAAAGUUCAAAUCAACAUUCCUCUUGUUGAAGCACUUCAACAAAUGCCGAGCUAUGCAAAGUUCCUCAAGGAUGUUGUCUCACAAAAGAGGAAAUGGGGGCAAUAUGAGACGGUCAACUUAACGGAGAGUUGUAGUGCAAUUAUUCAAAAGAAGCUACCGGCCAAGAAGUCGGAUCCGGGGAGCUUUACUAUUGAGUGCACUAUUGGAAAUUGCUUUGUGGAGAAUGCCUUGUGCGAUCUAGGUGCUAGCAUCAAUCUUAUGCCAUUGUCCUUCUUCAACAAGUUGAAUAUUGGCAAGUUGAAGUCCACUAGCAUUACUUUACAAAUGGCCGAUAGAUCUAUAUCAUAUCCCUCGGGCAUAGUUGAAGAUAUUUUGGUGAGGGUGAAUGACUUCAUAUUCCCCGUUGACUUUGUGGUGUUGGAUAUGGAAGAGGAUAGAGUUGUACCUCUUAUAUUGGGGAGACCGUUCCUUGCUACCGGGAAGGCCAUGAUAGAUGUUUCAAAGGGAGAGCUUACACUCCGCCUUAAUGAUGAGAGUGUGACAUUUUCGAUCUAUGAGGCCUUGAAGAGGCAUGAUGUGGAACCGGGAGGAAGUCUUCAACAUUGCAAUGUUGUGACCGUGAUGGAUGAGUGUGUUGGAAGAGUGGCACCGACCUCUUACUUGGAUGAUCAAUUGGAGAGAUGCAUUUCUCACUCUAUUUAUUCUUCUCACUCUCUUGAUAUUUUAGAUGUUAACCUUGAGUUGUUGGAAUUUGUAGGUGCUUUGGACUCGGCUAAGGAGGUUCCUAGAUCACGUCGUCCACAAUUUCUACCUCUUAGGGAUGAAAGUGAAGAUAGCGAGAAAGAAGUGGAAAGCAAGAAGAUUGAGUUGAAGCCACUACCAUCACACUUGCAAUAUGCCUUCCUUGGAGAGAAUGAUACCUUUCCGGUAAUUGUAUCAUCUUCCCUCUCUAGUUCCGAGUUAGAUAAGUUGUUGAGAGUUCUUAGAAAGCACAAGAGUGCUAUUGGGUGGUCCAUAUCGGACAUUAAGGGAAUAAGCCCAACCAUUUGCAUGCAUAGGAUUCACUUAGAAGAGGGGUACAAGCCUAAGGUACAAAACCAAAGGCGAUUAAAUCCUAUUAUGCAAGAUGUUGUUAGAAAAGAAGUUUUAGCCAAAAAGGGGGGUACUACCGUGGUAAAAGGGAAAAAUGAUGAGUUGAUAGCAACGAGAGUGGUGUCCGGAUGGAGGGUUUGCAUCGACUAUCGUACUUUAAAUUCGGCCACUAGGAAAGACCAUUUUCCCCUCCCUUUUAUUGAUCAAAUGUUGGAUAGAUUAGCCGGACAUGAGUAUUAUUGUUUUCUUGAUGGAUACUCGGGUUAUAACCAAAUUUUGAUAGCCCCCGAGGAUCAACAUAAGUCCGCUUUUGUGUGUCCCUACGGUGUGUAUGCAUAUAGAAGAAUGUCUUUUGGGCUUUGUAAUGCCCCGGCUACUUUUCAAAGAUGCAUGAUGUCUAUUUUUCAUGAUAUGGUUGAGGACAUUAUGGAGGUUUUUAUGGAUGACUUCUCUGUUUUUGGCAUGACAUAUGAUAUGUGCUUGGAUAAUCUAACCAAGGGACUUGAAGUGGAUAGAGCCAAGAUAGCGGCCAUUGAGCAAUUGCCACCUCCUUCUAGUGAGAAGGCCGUGAGGAGCUUCCUAGGCCAUGCGGGGUUCUAUAGGCGUUUCAUCAAAGAUUUUUCACAUAUUGCUAGACCUCUUUGUCAUUUACUAGCUAAAGAUGUAAAAUUUGAUUUCACUCUUGAAUGUGUGCAGGCGUUUGAGAAGCUCAAAGCGGCAUUGGUGAGCGCUCCAAUAUUGAUCUUUCCCGAUUGGUCACAACCCUUUGAGAUCAUGUGUGAUGCAAGUGAUGUAGCGGUAGGCUCGGCUUUGGGACAAAAGAGAGACAAGUUAUUCCGGGUGAUAUACUAUGCUAGUAGAACAUUGGACUCGGCUCAAGUUAAUUACACCACUACCGAGAAGGAAAUGCUUGCGGUGGUCUACUCAUUUGACAAGUUCCGCCCUUAUCUCAUUGGGGCCAAGACUAUUACUAUUGUCUUCACCGACCAUGCCGCCAUCCGUCAUCUUUUUGCAAAACAAGAUGCGAAACCAAGACUUAUAAGAUGGAUCUUGCUUCUUCAAGAAUUUGAUUUUGAGAUCCGAGAUAGAAAAGGGUGUGAGAACGUAGUGGCGGAUCAUCUAUCAAGAUUGGAGCAUGCUAGUGAAGAAGAGAAGUUGAAAUUGGUCAUAAAUGAAGAAUUCCCGGAUGAACACUUGUUCUAUGUGGCUCAAGGCAAGGUGGCAUGGUAUGCUAACAUAGUGAAUUAUCUUGUUGCUAAGGUAGUUCCGGAUGGGCUCACGGAUUAUGCAAAGAAGAAGUUUUUCCAUGAUGUGAAGUUCUAUUUUUGGGAUGAGCCUUGCCUCUUUAGAAGAUGUGCCGACAUGGUAAUUAGAAGAUGUGCUCCUCAAGAGGAGCAAUGUAAUGAGUGCCAAAGGACCGGGGGGGUGUCAAAGAAGAAGGAAAUGCCUAUGACCCCUAUUGUGGAAGUUGAGUUGUUUGAUGUUUGGGGGAUCGAUUUCAUGGGCCCCUUUCCAUCAUCAUGUGGCUAUCAAUAUAUUCUCUUGGCGGUGGACUAUGUGUCUAGAUGGGUAGAGGCUAUUCCUACCCACACCAAUGAUUCUAAGGUUGUGAUUAAGUUUGUCCAAAAGAAUAUCUUCACAAGAUUUGGCACCCCACGAGCCCUAAUUAGUGAUGGAGGUUCCCAUUUCAAUAAUCGAUGGUUGACAAGUGUGCUUACUAGAUAUGGAGUGAAGCAUAGAGUAACAACACCCUACCACCCUCAAGCUAAUGGUCAAACCGAGUUAGCCAACCGGGAGGUGAAGCAAGUCCUAGAGAAGACGGUGAACACAAAUCGAAAGGAUUGGUCACUUAAACUUGAUGAUGCAUUGUGGGCAUAUAGGACGGCUUAUAAGACACCCAUUGGGAUGUCGCCAUAUCAAUUGGUAUUUGGAAAGUCGUGCCACCUUCCGGUAGAGAUGGAGCAUCGCUCAUAUUGGGGUGUGAAGAAAUUGAACUUGGAUUUCUUGAAGGCCGGAAAGGAAAGAAUGCUUCACCUCAAUUUGCUAGAAGAAUUUAGGAAUGAGGCUUAUGUCAAUUCCUCUAUUUACAAGGCAAGGUUGAAGACCUAUCACGACAAGAUGAUUGAAAAGAGAGAGUUCUCCCCGGGGGAUGCGGUACUACUCUACAAUCAUAGAUUGAGGUUCUUCCCGGGCAAGCUCAAGUCUAAAUGGUCGGGGCCAUUCACUAUAAAAAAUGUGAUGACCAAUGGAACAAUGGAGCUUAUUGGGGCCGAUGGAAGUACUUUCAUGGCGAAUGGCCACAACAUUAAAAGGUUCUACACAAGGGAGCAACAAGAUGAGGUCUUCGUGGUGACCUUAACCGAAUGA